AUGGGGGCAUUUCUAGACACAUUUCUGUUCUUGAUUUGGUUCUUGUCUGAGUCUUCCUCUCUUUUCUCCUCCUGUAAAUUAAGGAAACAGUUUAAUUUUAAUGAGAUGCACAAGGCUGGUGAUGUGAUCCUCGGUGGUCUGUUUGAGGUUCACUACACCUCUGUCUUCCAUGAGCCGACGUUCACGUCAGAGCCAAAUCAGCUCAGCUGCCAAGGUUUUGACCCUCCAGGGUUUAGACAUGCCAUGACCAUGGCCUAUGCUAUUGAUGAGAUCAACAAAAACCCCAACCUGCUACAGAAUGUGUCUCUGGGAUACAGUCUGUACGACAACUGUGCCACACUUGUAAUUGGAUUCAGUGCUGCAUUGUCACUAGCCAGCGGUCGAGAGGAGCAGUUUCUGCUUCAAGAGACCUGUUUAGGGACCACCCCAGUCCUUGGGAUUGUGGGAGAUUCCUUUUCAACAUUUUCUAUCGCCACAUCUGAUGUGAUAGGUUUAUUCAAAUUGCCCAUGGUCAGUUACUUUGCCACAUGUUCCUGCCUGAGUGAUAGGCGGAGGUUUCCAUCCUUCUUCAGAACAAUCCCAAGUGAUGCUUUCCAGGUGCGUGCUAUGAUUCAGAUUAUGAAACACUUUGGCUGGACUUGGGCCGGUCUGCUGGUCAGUGAUGAUGAUUAUGGCCGCCAUGUUGCCCGAUCCUUCCAAUCGGACUUAACUGAGUCUAUUGGAGGUUGUCUGGCCUACUCUGAGAUUUUGCCCUGGGGUGACAACCCAGCUGAACUUAAGAGGAUUGUCCUUUUAAUGAAGAAAUCAACCGCUCGUGUGGUCAUUGUGUUUGCACAUCAGAUCCACAUGAUUCAACUAAUGGAAGAAGUGGUGAGGCAGAAUAUGACAGGCCUGCAGUGGAUGGCCAGUGAAGCCUGGACUACAGCAGCUGUGCUCCAGACCACCCGCCUCAUGCCGUACCUGGGUGGCACCCUGGGCAUUGCCAUCCGUCGAGGAGAAAUAUCAGGGCUCAGGGAUUUUCUAUUAAAAACAAAUCCAGACAAGUCAAACAAUCAUAGGAAUAGAAUGGUAAGUCAGUUUUGGGAAUACACAUUUCGGUGUAAAUUUGCACCACCUCCAGCAGGUUGGGUGGAAGCGUCUGGGGGAGCUCUAUGCACUGGGCAGGAAGAUCUAGCAAGUGUGGAGACUGAGUUUUUGGAUGUUUCAAACCUCAGGCCAGAAUACAAUAUUUACAAGGCUGUGUAUGCCCUGGCAUAUGCUCUUGAUGAUAUGCUGCGCUGUGUGCCAGGGAGAGGGCCUUUCAGUGGGCACAGCUGUGCUGCUUUGCAAACACUGGAGCCAUGGCAGCUUAUACAUUACUUGGAAAAGGUCAACUUUACAACAACAUUUGGGGAUCAAGUAUCAUUUGAUGAGAAUGGUGAUGCCUUACCAAUAUAUGACAUCAUGAACUGGCAGUGGCUCCCUGAUGGAAAAAUAAAUGUUCAGAAUGUGGGUGUUGUUAAGAAGUCUGCCUCCAAAGGUGAAGAACUCACACUUGAUGAAGAAAACAUCUUCUGGAGCUUUGUCUUCAAACAGCCACCCCAGUCCGUGUGCAGUGAGAGCUGUUCUCCAGGUAGCCGCAUGACCAGAAAAAAGGGACAGCCUGUUUGCUGUUAUGACUGUGUCGCUUGUUCUGAGGGAAAGUACAGCAAUGAAACUGACUCCAUGGAGUGCAGCAGUUGUCCAGAGGACUUCUGGUCCAGCCCCCAGCGUGACCACUGUGUUCCUAAAGAAACGGAGUUCCUCUCUUAUCAAGAGCCUCUUGGUAUCUGCUUGACAACCGCCUCUUUACUCGGCACGUGUAUCUGUGCUGUUGUCGUAGGAAUCUUUAUCCAUCACCGUAGCACACCUAUGGUACGUGCCAACAAUUCAGAACUAAGUUUCCUGCUCUUAGCAUCACUUAAGCUAUGUUUCCUGUGUUCACUGCUGUUUAUCGGCCAUCCCAGAAUGUGGACAUGUCAAUUGAGACAUGCAGCAUUUGGGAUAAGCUUUGUACUUUGUAUCUCUUGUAUUCUUGUUAAAACCAUGGUGGUUCUGGCUGUGUUCAAGGCCUCCAAGCCAGGAGGUGGAGCCAGUCUGAAGUGGUUUGGUGCUGGACAGCAGAGAGGGACAGUUUUGCUUCUUACAUCCAUUCAGGCAGUGAUUUGUACUGCUUGGCUUGUCUCUGCCUCACCAGUGCCUCAAAAAAACACUCAAUACUACAAUGACAAAAUAGUGUAUGAGUGUGUAGUCGGGUCCACAGUUGGAUUUGCAGUGUUAAUGGGUUAUAUUGGCUUACUUGCUAUACUUAGUUUCCUGUUAGCAUUUAUGGCAAGGAAUCUUCCAGAUAGCUUCAAUGAGGCCAAACUCAUCACUUUUAGCAUGCUGAUCUUCUGUGCUGUGUGGGUGGCCUUUGUUCCUGCUUACAUAAACUCCCCAGGCAAAUAUGCAGAUGCCGUAGAAGUAUUUGCCAUCCUGGCCUCCAGUUUUGGCCUCUUGAUGGCACUGUUUGGUCCCAAAUGUUACAUUAUACUGCUGAGACCAGAGAGGAACACAAAGAAAGCUAUCAUGGGUCGUGGAAUAACCAAGAUGGAAAUGUAG